AUGUCAGACCAAAUCUCCCUACGACCAGGAAAAGUGCAAGACGCCACGACCAUUUCCGCCCUCGGCACCCGCGUCUUCACCCACUCCUUCUCAUCUCUCAUGCCGCAAGACGAUCUGGCGACCUAUCUAUCUACCUCCUAUUCAGUCCCCAGCAUAAUCAAAGACUUGGAAAACCCAUCCAUGUCCUUCAUCGUAGCCACAAAGAACGACGAACUAGUUGGUUUCAUCCAACUAACACGCGGCACAUCAGAGCCCUGCAUCGACCACCUUGAUCACAAAAUUCAGUUGCAACGGCUAUACGUCAGCGAGAAAUGCCAGGACCUUGGGAUUGGGAGAAUUUUGAUGACCCAAGCGGAGAGUGAGGCGGUGGACUUGGGCUUCAGGCACAUGUGGUUGGCGUCGUGGGAGCGCAAUCCGCGGGCGGAGAAGAUGUAUGAGAGGGCAGGGUAUGCGGUGCGUGGGGAGAUGCAGUUUAGGUUGGGGAGUUCUUUGUUGAAGGACUGGGUUAUGGUUAAGACUUUGGGUGAGAUGGGAUGA